UCUGUGCUGCUGGAGGCGGUGAGUCCAGCGUUUACCUGGAGCGCCAGAGCAGCACCUUAGAACCUCAGGUGUUGUUGGGGAGAGGGACGGAUCUGCGGCGGGAGUGGAGCGGCCGGAGGGAAAGAAAGAAAAAUAUGGAAGGCCUGCCUGAUGUUGGUUCUUUUUCAAGUAGACUAAAAAACACUCUUAUCCAGUACCAUAACAUUGAAGAUGACAAGUGGCGAGUUGCCAAAAAAACGAAAGAUGUAACAGUUUGGAGAAAACCUUCGGAAGAAUUUAAUGGGUAUCUCUAUAAAGCUCAAGGUAUUAUAGAUGACAUUGUCAAUAGUGUAAUAGACCAUAUCCGCCCAGGGCCGUGUCGCUUGGAUUGGGAUCGUUUAAUGACUUCAUUGGAUAUUUUGGAACACUUUGAAGAGAAUUGCUGUGUGAUGCGUUACACUACUGCUGGUCAGCUCUGGAAUAUAAUUUCCCCAAGAGAGUUUGUUGAUUUCUCUUACACUGUGGGCUAUAAAGAAGGACUUUUAUCCUGUGGAAUAAGUCUUGACUGGAGUGAAAAGAGAUCUGAAUUUGUUCGUGGAUAUAAUCAUCCUUGUGGUUGGUUUUGUGUUCCACUCAAAGACAAUCCAAACCAGAGUCUUUUGACAGGCUAUAUUCAGACAGAUCUAUGUGGAAUGAUUCCUCAGUCUGCAGUGGAUACAGCCAUGGCAAGCACUUUAACCAACUUCUACAGCGAUUUACGGAAAGCCUUACAAAAGGCAUAAUAUGUUCAAACUUGCUAUACUGUGAUCCCUGACUCAGCUCUUUCCCUCAGCUGCAAGUCCUCUAAAGAUCAUCAGUUUCUCUCUUCUGCAGAACCUAUUGAAACAUUUGGGAUGUUUUUGGUGUAGUAGCAUAAUGUUUUAUUUUAUUCCUAAAGUAAAUUGCUAUAUAAAAGAGCAUUUAUUAUUAUUAUUAUAUUUUCAUUUGUUCAUUGUUUGAUAUGGCAGUGUAUCUAGGAAUGGAGAGUGUGAUAGAAAUACACAAAAAAGUAGGUACAGUCCUUUGGCCCAGACUAUUCACAGAAAUUGAAUAGUGCCUCAGUAUGAAUAUUUUGGUUGCUUGGAAAUUAGAUGAAGCACAAAUUUCAUAUUUGCAUACUAUUUUAGAGCUUUAUGAACAUUUGUAGAAUUUUAAUUUUCUUGAAGGUAAAUGUUAGUGCUUUUCUUUUGGUGUGUUCAAUGAGUUUGCCAAUGUCUUGAACAAAAGAAAGCAAGCCUUUCUUUAUAUUUUAUAUAGGUAGACUUCAUCGUCAGUUGAACUUGCUCUACUUUAAGUAUUAAAGAGACCAAAAGUGAGAAAAGAAUAGAUAUCAUAGUAACAAUAGGUAUGAUUCAAGUACAAUUUUGAUAUCUAGAUAGCAUUCUUUUGUAAUAUCUUUAAAACACAAUCGUGUCUUUGUAUAUAUUUGUUUCGGGAGUCUGAGAGCAUUUAUACAUAAAUAUUAUAGUGUAGAAAAACUGCCAAAUAUGUUCUGGGUAUACUACACUGAUUGAGCAGCAGUUUGGGUUGUAUGAAAUGUUUGGUAGUAUCCAGUAAUCAUCAACAGAGUAAUUUCUAGAAAGUCAGGAUUAGUGAAUGCACAUGUUUCAAUUUUAAGAAGUAUUAUCCAACUCAAAGCACUAUGAGUUAUAAACAUUCAUAACUGAUAUCACUUUAGUCUAAAACUCUAACAAAUGUAUUUAUAGACAUUUCUUAUCCUUUUAUAAUGAUUAGAAUGAACUAUAACAGUUUCUUUGUUUCUGUGGCUAUCUUUUUGUUUGUUUGUUUUUUGGGUACUGGGGAUUGAACUCAGAGGUACUCGAUCACUAAGCCACAUCCCCAGCCCUAUUUUGUAUUUUAUUUUAUUUAGGGACAGGGUCUCACUGAGUUGCUUAGUGCUUUGCUUUUGCUGAGGCUGGCUUUGAACUCACGAUCCUCCUUUCUCAGCCUCCUGAGUUGCUGGGAUUACAGGUGUGCCCCACCACGCCCAACUGUGUGACUAUCUUAAGUGAGCAUUCUUUAAUGAUUUUUUAUUUCAAAUGAUUUUUUGGCUUUUGAACUAUGUACCUAGUUUACUUCUAAAGUGAGAACCUGAACCCAACUCUCUUUGUCUUUGUGAAUCUGUGUCUAUGUAGUAUGUUUUUGUGUAUGUGCACAUCUUGAAAUCUCAAUGUUCAGUGUCAGUUCUUAAUGUGUUACUAUUACUCUUUCUAUUGUUUCAUUUCUUUUUCCUUUUUGGGGGAUGGGUGGGGGGAAUAAUAUGGGAUAAAGUGAACCCUAGAAAUAAUUACAUACAGGCAGGCCGCAAAAAAGCACAAAAGUAUAUAGUAGUUCAAGAGCAUGAAGGCUUGAUCUUUGUUUAACUUUAGAAAUUUACAGGCAAGCUACUAGGUAAUAUUUUAGAUCUGCUGGGCUCCAGCUGUGUACUUCUUAUUAAAAAACAUCUUAUUGAGUAAUAAGUUGCAUAAUAUACAGUUGUUUUAAGUCUUUAAUUGAAUAAUUUUAAAAAACACAUUUAUAGAAUUAUGCAGCUAUCACCAGAAUCCAGUUUUAGAACGUUUCCAUCACCCCAAAAGAUCCUUUUGUCAGUUUGCAGACUCACAUCUAACUUAAGUUUAUUGCAAUUGCCAGUAUAAAGAAGAUGAGGAAAACAAUUGUAGUAGGUCUUUUUUGGUUUUGUAUAUAAGAAUAUAGGUGUGUGUGUUUUUAAACUCAGGAACCUUAUGAUAAUAUAUUAGAUAUGUUAUGUCUAAUGUCAUCAUAAUAUAAAAUUUAAUGUGGGAUUGAUAUUAACAUAUAAUUGACUAUGCUGCUUCUAUAGCAGUGCUAUAAGAUAGAAAAAUAAUGUAAGCCAUGUAUCUAAUUUUAAAAUUUUCUAGCAAAAGAGGAAAAUAAUUUUAGUAAUAUAUUUUAUUUAGCUUGAUAUAUCUAAAAUAUUGUUAUUUCAACAUGUAAUCAGUGUAAAAAAUUAUUGAGAUAGUUUGUAUUCUUCUAUACUAAUUUCUUGAAAUCUGGUAGUGUGUUUUGCUGAUUUGGAUCAGCUGUAUUUUAAGUGCUCCUUAGCCACAUGUCAGUGACUAAUGUAACAUUAAUUAUUCAGCAUAGUUCAGUAAUGUAUUUAUUCAUUUGUUUUGUUGCAGGUGAAGUAGAUUAUUUCAUGAAAUUACAUUCUCAAGUAGAAAUCUUUUCUAGUCUCUACAGCCUUCAAUACUUGCUAAAUAGGAUGUCUGAGCUUUAGAAAUAAAUUAAUAAUUGUCAGUAAAAUUAUUGACCCAAAAUAUUUUCCUUUAACAUAAUUUCUUUUAGCUUUAUUGACCCUAAAGAUAAAUUAACAGAGAAGCUAAUGGAAAUUGGGACUUAAUCAGAUUUCCAUUAGCAUCUGUAUUGUAUAAUUACUAGUCCAGGGUACCUUCCAUGCCUUUCUCUUUCUUUUUUCCUUUUGCAGUGUGAGAGAUCAGAUCAGGGCCUCAUGCAUGCUAGGCGAAUGCUCUACUAUUGAGCCACAUCCUCAGCCCCCAGUUGAUCUCAUUUCAUUUCUAGAAGUAGGGCAUGAUAGGAUCAGAGCAUAGAAGAAAUAUUAGAUUCAUUCAAAAACACAGAAAGUUGGAAUUAUAAUUUUUUCAUUAUUGUGUUGUUUCCAAAGAUUUUAUAUAUGUAGCUGAAUAUUAAAAUUCAUCUUUUACAAUUCAAGAAAAGCUAUACUAUAUAUUGAUAUUAUUUUUAAAGUUUAUAAUUAUUUUAUGAAGUAGUUUAUAAAUCUAAUAAUAACAUUAUUAGUAUAAAUGAAAUGCAUAUUUAUUUUUCAAUUGCUAUGAAAUAUAUUAGAAUAAAAACUUGUAGACACUUUUGUAAUUGAUCAUUGAUCUUGUCUGUGUAAGUUGCUUUGCCCUUAAAUAAUACCAAAUAUUUCAUUUCUUAUGUCCAGAUUUAAAGUAUGUAGCUUAAUUUCAUAAACAGUUAAAAGUGAACUAUAGAAACCUGGAAAAUAAAGUUAAUAACGUGAUAAUCUUCCACUAAUGUCAUAUUAGCCAUGAUACUGCUGCUUCUUUAGUGCUGAAUCUUUGCUACUGUAUCAGCUUUCCAUUACUCUUAUAGAAUCCUGGAGGAAAUUAACUUAUAAAGAUAAAAAGUUUAUUUUGGCUCACAGUUCUGGAACUUCCAGUCCAGAAGCAAGUGACUCCGUGCUUUGGGCCUCUGGUAGGGUGGCACAUCAUUAUGGAAGCAUGUGUUACAGCAGACUUCUUACUUUAUGAACCAUAAAUGAAGAGAAAGAAAGAUCAAGGUUUUCCCAGUCCCUUUCAAGGGCAUGUUCCCAGUGACCUAUGGACCUUCCAUUAGACACCACCUCCCACUAGUACCACCCUGGGACCAGUCCUUUAACACAUGGGCCUUUUGGGAACAUUCAACAUCCAAACUAUAGUAGUUAUUUUAUACCUUGGAUGAAUUAAUGUAUUCUGCCCUCAUUGCAAUAACGUAUGGUCAGGGUUUAUCAUGCAUGUGUUCAAACAAUAUACUAAUUUGAUUAGGAGUUAUGGAUAAUUUCUUUGGAAUUGAAAAUAGCUAGAAGUAGUUACGAUAUCUGUGGUUUAUGUUAUGAGAAAGAAAUUAGGGAUGCUGUGGGCAGUAUGUAAUGGGAAAUAUGAUUAUGAAGUGGCUUAAACAAAAGGAAAGUUAUUUUAAUUUAAUAAUUUAAAGUCUGAUACUUUCUGUAUUCCCACUCUAAAUUUGUAUGAUGAAAUCCUAACCCCCAAGAUGAUGGCUUUAGGAGGUAGGGCUUUGGGAGGCAACUAGGUUACCCUUAUGAAUGUAUUCGUGCCCUUAUAAAAGAGACCCAAGUGAGACUUCUCGCUCCUGCCGUGUGAGGACACAGUGAAAAGACACUGAGGACGUUGGCCCUUGCCGGGUACCAAAUCUCCAGGCACCUUGAUCUUGAACAUACUACAAAAAUGCCAGAAAUAAAUUUGUUUACCAGUCACCUGGUGUGUGGUAUUUAUAUUGCUUUAGCCCCUGGAAUAGACUAAGACAUCUGGGGACAGGCACUUGUCAGUGUUUCUCAGCUCAAGGUUGUCAGGACCAGUGUGUCCACAGUUUGUCUUGGUAAUGAUAAAGUAACUAAUUAGCCCUGGAUAUUAUAUACAUAGUCAAGAUGAGAAGAUGCAGGGGAAGGAAGGGCAUCUGUCAUCUUCAUCUCUCAUUUUUAUUGGGAAAGCAUAACAUUUCCUAAAGCCUCCAGUAGCUUUUCUUUCUGGUGGUCUGGAUCACAUGACUACAUGUAACUGUUGUGAUGAGAACGAUCAUAAGGGUUCCCAGCCUCUGGGAGAGGCAGCUGACCAUGACUGGAGAGCCAGCCACACUAUCACCUACUGGAUCAGCUUUGGGAGGUAUGUGUAAGGCUCCUGAAAAUGUGCAGGAGAGUGAUGGACCCUUAACAUGGAAAUGAAAAAAAUGGUCAUUUAUUUUCUUCAAAAAACAUAUUUUGAGCCCCUUCUAAUGACAGAUGCUACAUGGCUGUUCCUCACUGAUGUAAUAAGGUGAUGGAUCUUCCUCUUGUUUAUUAAUUAUUGGUGUCAUAUGGCAUUCAACAUGAAUGAUCUGUAUUUGUAUUAUUGCCCUGCUUGUUUUACUUUGGAGCAAAGAGUUCAUAUGGAAGGACUUUGUAGCCAGGCAGACAGAAAAUGCUAAAAAAUGAACUGUAAAUGUAUCCCAGGAGAUAACAGAGUGUGGAUCUAUGCUACUUGUAUUAUCAGUUAUACGGGUGAUUAGAGAAGUGCAGAAUUCUGUGAUAAAAAUAUGGAGGAAGUAGAGAGUAUAUGUACCAAAAUAGACUUCUAUUCAUUCAUAAUCUUUUCCAGAAGCUUUACCUUCCUAUUUGUGUUUUGCUUUGGUGAUAUUUCUUAAGUCCAGGGCAGCUGACUUGACUGAAAGAAGGAAGUAGUCUUGAGGUUGCACAAAACCAGAUUGAAGUAAAAAUAAAGCAGGUUUCAUAUGUCAAAAACUGGUUUAUUGAUGGGAGACUAUUUCCCUCAUUCCCACAAUUCAGAGGUUUUUGUUUAGGAUAAAAAUAUCUUCUCAACAAAACCAAGAUUUUGGACCUAAUGGUGGUGAAUAUAGAAAAAUGUAAUUCUGAGUUUAAUGUUCCUGAGAAGAAGAAUUGAGGCUAGAUUAUUAUGCAUCUAUCAUAGUAUGUAUUGUAGAGAUUAUGCAAAAAUGUGUAUGAUGUCAUGACUUGUUGAUGCAAAUAGGUCUAUAAUAUGACUACAAAUUUGUAAGAAAAAGUAAACCAACACUAGAGAAAAAGAAUUUUUUUGGAAAACAUUAUGGUAAUUUUCUACUUCUCCAUAUUUUCAAAUUUUUAUAAUGAAAAAUCAGUUUUUAUAUGAAUUGCUACCAUUGUUUCUCUUGAAUUGACUUCCCAGUGGUGAGAGAAUUGGAUUAAGAAAUUGUUUCUUCUCAGUCACUGCAAACUUAUGUAAGCCAUUACCUUUCGGGCUGUAAUAUCUCUUUAAAUAAAAUGAGUCUGUUGGAUUAAAUAAC